AUGGAUUCAAGGUGGCCUCUUCAUUCUUCUGAAAAUAAACACCUUGCUCGAGAAACCAGAGACUUUGAUCUCAACAUUGCUGAAAAUGAACCUCUAGAUAUGAGUCUAGGGUUCAAUGCAACUGCUAAUGCGCAAUCUCAUUCGAAUUCUCCACAAGUCCCCAUUUUAACAACUCAAAAUCACUAUCAAAAUGUUGAUGCCUCUUAUUCACAGGCAACAAACAAUUUUCCCAGUUCUUCCUUGCUCAUUCCUGGUUACUAUGACUGCCUGAACCAGUGCUUCAUUCCCUCUGCAACUGCAGUGUCACCGCCGCCAGUGAACAACUAUUCAGUGUUUGGCAACCCUCUGAGAGGUCGUCAACUCGAGCCAGGCAGUUUAGGUCAGGAUUAUUAUGAAUGGCAAGUCAUGCAAGUCAAUAACUCUUCAAUCCCAAUUAGACGGUGUGCAAACUGCCACACAACUGAUACACCAAUGUGGCGGCGAGGGCCUGGAGGUCCAAAGUCACUUUGCAAUGCUUGUGGAAUCAAGGACAGAAAGGAAAGAGAGAGAAAGAGAGCUGAAGAAUCUGUCAAUCAGAAGAGAAGCUAAUGGGGGAUUAGGAACUAGAAAAAUCUUCCAAAGAAGCCAAGAUGUCCUAUAUAUGUUUUGAUGAUUGCUGCCUAAUGGGCUCCU